AGGACGUUUCAUUCUGACUCUGGGCAUCGGGCUACUCUGCUUCAAGAACUAUUUCCCAUGGAGCCAGAAGCCUUAGAAAUUUGCCCUUACAACCCUCAACACCGAAUCCCACUCAGAAGAUUUCAGUACCACCUGGCAUCAUGCAGGAGAAAGAACGCCCAAAAAGCCAAAAAGACGGCCAGCUGCAGAUACAACGCCUGCCACGUGUUCCCCAUCAAACAACUGGAGGAGCAUGAGGCUGCCUGUGUCCACAGAAGCACAGGGGAGGAAGAGGAUAGCUUGAGCCCUUUGAAGGUCAGCCUUCUGAGUUCAGAGCAGAACGGAAACACCACUCCAGUGGCCCCCUGGCUCCCCAACUCCAAUGUCUGGAAUGUAGAUAGCACGAAGUGCCACCCCAUGUUUGUCCUUAAGACUUUUGUUCCCCAAAAGCUUACUUGUGAAAGCGACACAAGAGAGUCAGAGAGAGAGGACCACACCCCAUCCCUGACCAGCCCCCAGAAGAUCAUCAGACCAGGAGAGUAA